GUCAUUAUAUCCGGUCCGGCUCCAAAAACUGUCCGCCGCCGGCGCGUCGCGUGCAAAUUUGUGUUUGAACGUGCACUUAUGAUAGCGGUCAAUUUCACAAAAAUCCCGUCUUUUAUAAGCAGAGGUAAAUCAGUAAGUUUGUUACUACUUUCAAAUUCACACGCCAAACAUAUUUUCUGCUCCGUAAACGUUGCUCGCACUGAAACACGAUACAUGUCAAGCCAGCCGAAGCGACUCUGCACGGAAAACAUGUCAGCGACAAAGAUUGGCACCCACAAUGGGACCUUCCACUGUGAUGAGGUCCUCGCUUGUUUUUUCCUUCGCCAGCUUCCCGAGUACAAGGAUGCUGAGAUCAUUCGGACCAGGGACGCGGCCGAGUUAGCCAAGUGUGACAUCGUGGUGGACGUAGGAGGAGUUUUCGACCCCAAGAGCCAUCGCUACGACCAUCAUCAGAGGACGUUUGCAGAGAGCUUCCACAGCCUGUGUCCAGAAAAGCGGUGGGUGACCAAGCUUAGUUCGGCAGGCCUGGUCUACAUGCACUUUGGCCGGCAGCUGCUGUCCCAUCUCACACAGCUAAAGGAGGGUGACAGGCAGCUGGAGGUGCUUUACGAUAAGUUAUAUGAGAACUUUGUGGAGGAGGUGGAUGCUGUAGACAACGGCAUCUCACAGUGUGACGGGGAGGCCCGCUACGCCGUCUCCACCACACUGAGUGCACGUGUCAGCCACCUGAACCCACGCUGGAACAGCAAGAACGAGGACACCGAGGAGGGGUUCAGGAAGGCCAUGGUGCUGGUCGGGGAGGAAUUUCUGGACCGUCUGGAUUACUACCAGAGUUCCUGGUUGCCGGCUCGCACGGUGGUGGAGGAAGCUGUUAAGGCGAGGCAUCAGGUGGACCCCAGUGGGGAGGUGGUGCUGUUCUCCCAAGGCGGAUGUCCCUGGAAGGAGCAUCUGUUUGCCCUGGAGAAGGAGCUCCAGCUGGAGACGACCAUCAAGUUUGUGCUUUACCCAGACCAGAACGGACAGUGGAGGGUCCAGUGUGUCCCCGCUGGGCUCAACACCUUCCAGAACAGGCUGCCGCUGCCAGAGGAGUGGCGUGGCGUUCGUGACAACGCGCUGUCGGAGCUCUGCGGGAUUAAGGGCUGCAUCUUCGUCCAUGCCGGAGGCUUUAUCGGCGGGAACCAGACUCAGGAAGGAGCUCUGGAGAUGGCCCGGAGGACCCUGCAGGCCGCGGCCCAGCCCCCUGCCAACGGCAGCAGUUGACCGGCCAGGGGGGACGGCCAACUGCAGAUUUUCUUUCACCAGUCAGUCUUUAGAGGUGAUUGCAACAAUCGAAAUUUUACUCAUUUACUCGUUUGUGACUUGUACUUCCCAGUCAGGGCAAGUACUACUUCAUUCUGCUUU